CCCCACCCCAGCCACCAGAGCCCCAGUCAGAUUUAGGGUAAAGAACCAGUUUUCAGAGGGAUUGCCUCAGAUCACACAAGUCCACUUACCUAGCCUGGUAGAAGAUUAGUCACCAUGUAUUCCAAUAGGAAAGGAACUGUAGCUGCUGGAAAAAGGAAGGUAUGUCUUCUGUCUUUGCUGCUUGUUGGUCUCUGGGGCUGUGCAACCUGCCACUGGAACCCUGUGGAGGACAUCUGCACUGCCAAGCCCCGGGACAUUCCUGUGAAUCCCAUGUGCAUUUACCGCUCACCAGAGAAGAAGGCAGCUGAGGAGGAGGUCUCAGAACAGAAGAUCCCUGAGGCCACCAACCGGCGGGUCUGGGAACUGUCCAAGGCCAACUCCCGUUUUGCUACUGCCUUCUAUCAACACCUGGCCGACUCCAAGAAUGAAAAUGACAACAUUUUCCUGUCACCUCUGAGUAUCUCCACAGCUUUUGCUAUGACUAAGCUGGGUGCCUGUGACAACACUCUCAAGCAGUUGAUGGAGGUGUUUAAGUUUGAUACCAUCUCUGAGAAAACAUCCGAUCAGAUCCACUUUUUCUUUGCCAAACUGAACUGCCGACUCUAUCGAAAAGCCAACAAAUCCUCUGAGUUGGUAUCUGCCAACCGUCUUUUUGGAGACAAGUCUCUCACCUUCAAUGAAACCUACCAGGACAUCAGUGAGAUGGUAUAUGGAGCCAAGCUCCAGCCCCUGGACUUCAAGGAAAAUGCAGAGCAAUCCAGAGUGACCAUCAACAAUUGGGUGGCCAACAAGACCGAAGGGCGCAUCACUGAUGUCAUUCCCCCGGACACCAUCAAUGAGCUCACUGUCUUGGUGCUGGUUAAUACCAUUUACUUCAAGGGUCUGUGGAAGUCAAAGUUUAGCCCAGAAAACACAAGAAAUGAACCAUUCCACAAGGCCAAUGAGGAGUCAUGUUCGGUAUCUAUGAUGUACCAGGAAGGCAAGUUCCGCUAUCGACGUGUGGCAGGAGGCACGCAAGUGCUUGAGUUGCCCUUCAAAGGUGAUGACAUUACCAUGGUGCUCAUCCUGCCCAAGGAUGGGAAGAGCCUGGCCAAGGUAGAACAGGAACUCACCCAGGAAGUGCAGCAGGAAUGGCUGGAUGAGCUGGAGGAGACCAUGCUGGCGGUUUACAUGCCCCGCUUCCGCAUUGAGGACAGCUUCAGCGUGAAGGAACGGAUGCAAGACAUGGGUCUUGUGGACCUGUUCACCCCUGAAAAGGCCAAGCUUCCCGGUAUUGUUGCAGAAGGCCGGGAAGACCUCUUUGUCUCAGAUGCAUUCCAUAAGGCUUUUCUUGAGGUAAAUGAGGAAGGCAGUGAAGCAGCAGCAAGUACCGCCAUCAUGAUUGCUGGCCGCUCACUGAACCUCAACAGAGUGAUCUUCAAGGCCAACAGGCCCUUCCUGGUUCUUAUAAGGGAAGUUGCUUUGAACACUAUUAUCUUCAUGGGCAGAGUAGCCAACCCUUGUGUUAACUAACGUGUUCUUAUUCAUUGCACUUUCUAUUUUGGUUUGUGACUAGAAGUAAAAUAAAACUAUUCCCCUAUCA